AUGGGUCUUAUGCGGUAUCAUCGUCGGCAUCACUUCCGUGUUGCAAUAACUGUCGCAUCAAGCUGCUCGCUUGCAAGAUCAUCUUAUCUAACUCUGUGUGGCAUAGCAGAAAACGGGACGCCUAUACGUACAAACAGGACAAACCAACGUUGGUUGAGAGACCAGCCUACAGGCCAACUCCGCCUGACCACAAGGCGUGAGCGCAACACCACAGCCAAGCCUCUCACAGAUUGCAGCAUGCCAGCAAUGCAGUUGUGCUGCGCUCUAUGCAAAGCACAGGGCCACUGCGGCGCACGGAGCCCACCCUCAGUUCCUGGCGCUGAAGGAACCAGUCCGCGAUGGGGUGGAGAGCAGCCACUGCCCGCAUACGUACGCCUCAUCACAUCUAAUAAUACGACCCAUGGUUUCCCGACUUUUGUCCGGACUAGCGGCUAUCAGUCUGUUGAGAUGGCCAAGGCAUUCUUUGGGACCUGGGCAGUUAAGCUUCAACCAGUUUUACUGGGCCACUUUGGUGAGAUACGAUCAUGCCUCGUUUUCUCGGGAAAUUGCGGGUCAGGACCGCUUGCGGGCGCCAGUGCUGCUGCUCGAGCGUUUAUUAUUGCUGCCUCACCAACAGAGGAUACCGGCAUAGCAUGGCAUGGUGUUGCAUGGCGUGGUGCAAAAUGGCUUAGUGAUCGAUCACACGGAUACGAUGUCUUGGGCCUCCCGAGCGAGGACCUGGUCCUUGCGCAAACACUACGGAGCGCGUUGCGGACGACAACUGCGUCCAAAAGUCUGAAUAUCACCGCCAAAGUCCGUUUAGCCGAUUAUCCUCAAAAUAUCCCGUCUGGACACGUCUCCGGCUGGACUACGAUCUCUGCUGGAGACUCUGGAGACCGAAAAGAUGGAGCCCGAACCGCAAUCUCAGCCUUGGAGUCUGGUCCUGGCAGGAUGAUGUACGGGUCUAAUUUGGCGCGCAAGUCCCCCGUUGUCGAUCCCUCUGAGGCCUCCUGA